CCAAGGAAGGAUUAUUAUCAGAUGAUUAAAUCAAGGAACGAGCAAGCAGAGCCCAAUUCGCAGCACCUUGAAUUGGCAGGCACGCUUGUUUUCUCUCAGCACUUUUUGCACCUUCCACAUAACAGAGCAAUUGAGAAAUGGCACAAAAACGCAAGGCGGAUAUCGUGGUGGCGAUUGAGGACGAGGACGACCUUCUGCAGAUAACACCGCUGGGCGCGGGUCAGGAGGUGGGGCGGUCGUGCAUAGUGCUGCGGUACAAGGGCAAGACGGUGAUGCUGGACUGCGGGCUGCACCCGGCGUACGAGGGCGAGAACAGCCUGCCGUUUAUAGACGAAGUGGAUCCGGCGUCAGUGGACGUGCUCCUGGUGACGCACUUCCACGUAGACCAUGCAGCGGCGGUCCCGUACUACAUCGAAAAGACGGCGUUCAAGGGCCGGACCUUCAUGACGCACCCGACAAAGGCGAUAUUCAAAUGGCUCGUGGCGGACUAUGUGCGGGUGACCAACAACGCGUCUUCAGGGGCGCUGUACGACCAGCGGGACAUGGACAACGCGUAUGGGAAAAUCGAGGCCAUCGACAUCCACCAGCAAAUCGACGUGGACGGCAUAAAGUUCACGGCAUAUAAUGCCGGACACGUAUUGGGAGCGGCCAUGUAUGUGAUUGAGAUAGCCGGCGUCAAGGUCCUGUAUACAGGAGAUUACUCGCGCGAGGAGGACCGGCAUCUGAUGGCGGCGGAGAACCCGCAUGUGCCGGUAGACGUGCUGAUUACCGAAUCGACAUAUGGCGUGCAGAGCCAUGAGCCGCGGGUAGAGCGCGAGGCCCGGUUCACCAGCGCGGUACGCGACAUUGUGAAGCGCGGCGGGCGGUGCCUGAUGCCGGUGUUUGCGCUAGGUCGCACGCAGGAGCUGCUACUGAUUCUGGAGGAGUACUGGCAGCGGCAUGCGCGCGAGCUCGAGGGCAUCCCAAUCUACUUUGCAUCGCCACUGGCCAGCCGCUGCAUGACAUUCUACGAAACAUAUCUUUUGAUGAUGAACCAGCGGAUCCAGACGCAGGCGCGCGAGACCGGCAGCAACCCGUUCAAGUUCAAGCACAUCUCGAACCUCAAGAACCUGGGCGGGUUCGACGACGCCAGCGCAUGCGUGAUGGUGGCCAGUCCCGGUAUGCUGCAGAGCGGGCUGUCACGCGAGCUGUUUGACCGGUGGGCGCCGGACCGCCGCAAUGGACUGCUAAUCACGGGGUACUCGGUGGAGGGUACGCUGGCACGCACGAUUAUGAACGAGCCCGACGAGGUCAUGACGCUGGCCGGGCAGCGGAUCCCGCGCCGCAUGUCGGUCAGCUACGUGUCGUUUUCGGCGCACGUAGACUACACGCAGAACAGCUCGUUUGUGGACGAGAUCCGGGCGCCGCACGUGAUCCUGGUCCAUGGCGAGCAGAACGCAAUGCUGCGGCUGCGCUCGGCGCUGACCGACAAGUACGCGGGCAGCGACUACGCCAUCCACCUGCACACCCCGCGCAACACCGAGACCGUCCAGCUGCAUUUCCGCGGCGAGAAAAUGGCGCGUGUGAUAGGCGCCUUGGCCCGCAAGGUGCCAGGUGACGGCGACCGAGCCGCGGGCAUUCUGGUGCAGCGCGAUUACAAGUAUACGCUGGUGGACGUGGCGGAUCUGGCGGACGUCAGCGCCAUCGAGCAGGUCGUAGUCGAGCAGCACCAGAUUGUGCCGUGCCGGGCCUCGCUGGCGCUGCUGCUGCACCACCUGGAGCGCAUGUUUGGGGUGCUCACGCUGACCACAAUCAAAUCCGAGUCGGACGUCACCACUGUGCUGCGCGCCUACGACUCAGUCAACAUCACCCACUCGACGGCCAAGCCGUUUGUCGAGAUCGAGUGGGAGGGCAGCGCCAUGAGCGACAUGGUGGCCGACUCGGUGGUUGCUGUGGUGCUGAAUAUCGAGUGCAGCCCGGCGUCCGUCAAGAUGACGCGGACCAGCUGUGCCCACGCCCACGACGAUGGGCUGCGUGUUGAUGUGAAGAGCAGCGUGGCCGACCGUCUGGUGCCGUUUAUGAAGCAUCAGUUUUCGAGCGUGCGCAUGGCCGAGGGCCGGAAGAUCGAGGUCGAGCUGAAUGAGCUCAGGGCAACUGUUGAUGCGGAGACCCUGGAGGUCCAGACCGAGAGCGACGUGCUGCGCGCGCGGCUUGCAUCGGUCAUUGGCAGCGUGAGCAGGACGCUGCGCCCGCUACACCAUCACUCGGACCCGCUGCCAGUAGAGCCCGAGCAUGAUGAUGAAAAUGAGGUCAAGCCCGAAGACACCAAGGACGACGACGAAGCCAAGAAUGAAGCCGAUCCAGCGUCUGAGGAUGACGUCAAGAUAGAGAAUGUCAAGAUGGAGGACUCUGCGACGCCCAAGAGCGAGCAAGUGGUUGCCGAAACCACGGCUCCAUCCGAGGUCGACGACGAGACCGACCUCUAAAUUAUUCCCUUUUCUCAAAACCAAGCGAGGUGCCCGUAAAUAUGCAUUGGCCAAUCAGAACCCCUGAAUUCCCGUGCUUUUGCUUGUCGAUUUUUUUGUUUUUCUC